AUUAUUGUGUGGCAAAAGCAUCAGUGGACUGCCGAAAAUUUCUGGCGGACGAGUUAUUCGCUUGAGUAACAUUACGUUGGUUGCAUAUUGACGAGAUCAUCUUCAGGACAAGAAAAUGGGCGAAGACUUUAACGGAGAUCGUGACAGAGACAGAGAUCGGGAUAAGGAUAGAGACAGGGAAAGAGGAGACAGGGACAGAGGAGACAGAGACAGAGGAGAUAGAGACAGGGAUAGGGGCGACCGUGAUAGAGAAAGGGACAGAAGACACAGAUCAAGGAGCAAGGAACGCAGAAAACGUUCAAGAUCAAGAAGCAGAGACAAGAGACCCAGAGAUGGUAAGAGUAGGUCACCCAAAAGAAGUCGUCACUCCAGAAGACGAAAGCCUUCGCUUUACUGGGAUGUCCCACCACCAGGAUUUGAACACAUUACGCCUCUGCAGUACAAGGCUAUGCAGGCGGCUGGUCAAAUUCCAGCCAACAUUGUUGCCGACACACCUCAAGCUGCUGUACCAGUUGUAGGUAGCACAAUUACGAGGCAAGCAAGAAGGUUAUACGUUGGAAACAUUCCUUUUGGAGUCACAGAAGAAGAAAUGAUGGAAUUUUUCAAUCAACAAAUGCAUCUCUCCGGCUUAGCUCAAGCAGCUGGAAAUCCAGUGCUUGCAUGUCAAAUUAAUCUUGACAAAAACUUUGCCUUUUUAGAGUUUCGGUCAAUAGAUGAAACAACACAAGCAAUGGCAUUUGAUGGCAUUAAUUUUAAAGGGCAAAGCUUGAAAAUCAGAAGACCUCACGAUUAUCAGCCAAUGCCUGGAAUGACAGACAAUCCAAGCAUGAAUGUCCCAGAUUCGCCACAUAAAAUCUUCAUAGGUGGCUUACCAAAUUAUUUGAACGAAGAUCAGCAGGUGAAGGAGCUGCUAAUGAGCUUUGGUCAGUUGCGGGCGUUCAAUCUGGUCAAGGAUUCAGCGACAGGCUUGUCCAAGGGCUACGCCUUCUGCGAGUAUGUUGACGUGUCGAUGACAGACCAGGCCAUAGCUGGCCUCAAUGGAAUGCAGCUUGGGGAUAAGAAGCUCAUAGUGCAGAGGGCCAGUGUCGGUGCCAAGAACCCAAUGAUUGGCGCCCAGGCGCCGGUGCAGAUUCAGGUGCCCGGCCUGUCCAUGGUCGGUACGAGCGGACCGGCUACCGAGGUGCUGUGCUUGUUGAAUAUGGUAACACCAGAGGAAUUGAUGGAGGAGGAAGAGUACGAGGACAUUCUUGAGGAUAUCAAGGAGGAGUGCAACAAGUACGGUGUCGUACGGUCCGUGGAGAUCCCGAGACCCAUCGAGGGCGUCGAUGUUCCCGGGUGUGGGAAGGUGUUUGUUGAAUUCAACAGUGUGCUAGAUUGUCAAAAGGCACAGCAAACUCUGACGGGACGCAAGUUCAACAAUCGCGUCGUUGUCACGUCAUAUUUCGAUCCGGACAAAUAUCAUCGUCGAGAAUUUUAAGUAGCAUCACUCUCAAUUUACUAUAAUUUAUGUAAGUGUUCUGUAACUAAUGAAAUUAUAAACACGGUGACUGCAAUUGUACACAGAUGAUAAAAAGUUUUAUUUGUAUUUGAACAUAACUGUAUGAAAAAGCUUACAAAAUACAUAAUUUACAAAAUACCUAG